AUGCGCUGGAAUAGCACACCAGUGCUAUUCCAGGACCAGCAGUACGUGGUUGACUGGGCAAUUCAAUUCAAGAACAUUACCAAAGCCAAUCGCUUGAGGGGCAGCCUGGAUUUUGGCACUCGCGACAGCCAAGGUACACCCACGUCUCCCGUCGUCACCCCGGCCUUGCCAACUUACGUCCCAGAUCUUGAGAUCAGCAUUGCAAUCAGCACCCCAACCUCCGACAUGCUGUCUGACAUGGGUGAUGAUCACUACCCUAUCCUCACUCCAAUGGAGGCAGAGGAGGCCCUCUCACAGUUCCCCGCAGGCCAGGAAGAGCCAGAGCCUGAAGUCUACAAUAGAGGCCGCCGCAAUUCCUUUGACCGGCUUCAGGAAGAGUGGGACUACACUCAGAGAAUGUCGAAGGAGGCUGAGGACCAGGACCAUAAGCCCAGUGCCGUGCCUUGCAAACCAGGCCCUGACGAUACCAUUGCCAUCACUUUGCCUUUGAAGAGGAAGCUGAUUCCUGGGAAUCUUGCGCCGAGAUUUCCACCGUUGUCCGAGGAGGAGAUACAGAGGAUUAAGGAGGCAGACAACAACCCAAACACCGUCCGCUCUACAAAGACGUGGGUCAAAAAAUGGAACCAGUACAAGGAAGAGUGCCACUUGACCUAUGAAGAUGGCACUGUCAACGUUGCUCAAUUGAACAAGGACUUGGAGGCCUUCAUCAUUCAGGUCAAAAUGGACAAUGGGGAAGAGUUUCGUGACUCCAGCUUGGAUACUGGCUUUGGUAGUCUUGGCCGCUAUCUCAAACUCAAAGGGGAGGAAAACAACCGGGUUGUCAAUAUUCAGUCUGACACUGAGUUCCGUGGUGCACGUACUAUUCUCAACGUGAGGAUGGCCAACUUACAGAAGAUGGGCAAUGGUGGGACCAACGCAGCCUCUGACCUCAGCCUUGAAGAAUUUCGCACUAUGCUGGGUUCAGCCUUCUGCUCGGUGGACACGCCGGAAGGCCUUCUCCACCGCGUUUACCUCUACCUGUCAGUCUUCCUCGUUGAGCGCAGAGGAGAGGCAAGCCACAUGGAGGUUCCAGAUCUGAAGCUGAAGAUGAUGGCUGCUGGGGAGUACUAUUUUGAGAGAACCAUGACCGUCGAAACGAAUCACCAGGGCGGCCGCUGUGGUGUGGUGGGGAGCCGAGUCAUAUUCCCGCAACCCUAG